AUGGCCAGCCAACAGCAAGUAAACCCCAAGAGGCAACAGGAGCUCCAGCUCCAAUACUCAAAUUAUAAAAACACACUGCAACAGAUGGCGCAGAAGAUUGGGGAUAUUGAGCAGGAAGCAGAGGAACAUAAGCUUGUCAUCGAGACACUCGAGCCCCUCCCUGAAGAGAGAAAGUGUUUUCGCAUGGUUAAUGGUGUUCUGGUUGAGCGGACAGUCAAAGACGUCUUACCUACAUUGAAGACCAACUCCGAUGGCCUGAAGCAAGUGUUGGAAGAGCUGUUGAAGCAGUACAAGUCGAAGCAGACGGAACUGGACAACUGGAAGAAAAAGAACAAUAUCCAAGUCGUACAACCUUGA